UAAUCUUCUGAUAGCUCCAAUGACCACCCCAAAAGUAGCCCUCAUAACCGCCGGAUCCCGCGGCGUCGGGGCCGCGGUCGCGCGCGCCCUCGCCCGCGACGCCCACCUCCGCGUGGCGAUCAACUACCACUCCGACCACACGGCCGCAAACGCGCUGGUCGCGGAGCUCACAACCCUCUCGCCAUUACCACAGGACUCCGCCGCGCCGAGCUUCAUCGCGCUGCAGGGCGACAUGGCGCGUCGGGAGGAGAUCACGCGCGUGGUGGCGGAGACGGUGCGCGCCUUCGGGCGGCUGGACGUCGUCGUCUCGAACGCGGGCUGGACCCGGAUGACGGACUUCAUGGAUCUGGAUGCGGCGGACCACGAGGCGGACUGGGAUCGAUGCUUCCAGGUCAAUGUGAAGAGCCAUUUUUGGCUGUUCCAUGCGGCGCGCCCGUAUCUGGAUGCCGUGGGGGGUUGCUUUGUCGCGACCGCGUCGGUGGCCGGGGUGAAGCCCAGUGGGAGUAGUUUGCCUUAUGCCGUGACCAAGGCGGCGUUGAUUCAUCUCGUGCGCAGUCUGGCGGUGAUUGCGGCGCCGAACAUUCGCGUGAAUUCUGUCGCGCCGGGGGUGCUUUUGACGGAUUGGGGCCGUCAGUUUUCGGAGGAGAAGCUUCGGUCGGUUCAGGAGAAGAACGCGCUUAAGCGAUUCGCUACCCCGGAGGACGUGGCAGACCAAGUCCGUUUCUUGGCGAUAAGUCCCUCGAUCACAGGGCAGAACAUUGUGAUAGACGCAGGGUUUUCUCUCUGAGUUCAGGGAAUACACACUACCUAACAUACAGGUUGUAGGGGGGGGGAGCAGCCACUUUGCAUCUCAUGAAGAGACACAUGGUAGCAUGGAAGCUGGUUUUAGCUUUGCACUAGCCAACGUGGCACAAAACAUUGGCUAGGGCGCCAGCUUCUUCCAAUGAACAAGUUUAUGCAAGCAUGGAGUCAUGCUGCAAGGCUGGCGCUUAGACAAUGCCCCCUUUGCCGCAGUGGAUUACAUCAAG